AUGCAGCUGCCACCAUGCAGAUUUUUGUGAAAACCCUGACUGGGAAAACAAUCACCCUUGAGGUGGAACCCAGUGACACGAUUGAGAAUGUAAAAGCAAAAAUUCAGGAUAAGGACCAGCAGCGUCUGAUCUUUGCAGGGAAGCAGCUGGAAGAUGGGUGCACGCUCUCUGACUACAACAUCCAGAAAGAGUCCACCCUUCACCUGGUGGUGCACCUCCGUGGAGGAAUCAUCGAGCCCUCCCUGCGCCAGCUUGCCCAGUGGCAGCUCGCCCAGAAGUACAACUGCGACAAGAUGAUCUGCCGCAAGUGCUACGCCCGCCUGCACCCCCGAGCCGUGAACUGCCGCAAGAAGAAUUGCAGCCACACCAACAACCUGCGCCCCAAGAAGAAGGUCAAGUAAAGAACAUGGGAGGACCAGGGUGGAUGCUUGCCAUUUCCCAUCUGGUUCCAGCACACUUGCAGCAAAGCAUUCCGUCUCCUUGUCUCUCGGCCUGUGGCCUUUUCUGCCCGCUCCAAUAAAAGUGGUUGAUG